AUGUUUUUCUUUCUGUUUUUCCAAGCAAAAUCUGCAAUGGAAUUUCCAUUGUUAGACUUAACAUGUGAAGAUGGAUAUUACUGGAGCGUAGUCAAUCUCACAUGUGAAAUUAUUCCUGAAAAUUAUACACUUGUCGAUACAUAUUACCUUCAAUGGAAUAGUUCGAACUGGGUAGAUACAACAACAAACGAAUCAGCAUGCAUAACAGCCGGUGGACGUGCAAUUGCUGGAAAAUGUGUAACAGCAGCAACAAUUCAAGCCGCAAAUUCAACGAUUACAGGAUCCACAGCAGGUUUUGAUGCAGAUUAUGUAGCUACAUUACAAGUUGCAUAUGUUAAUGCUACAAACGACCCGUAUGACUCAAGAGCACGAGAAAUUCUUGCAAAUUCCUGUACAUUGAAUCAUUAUGAAACGCAAGGAAUUUGUCAAAUCUUCUAUCAAUUCAUUUCUGCUUCAUCAGUUACUCAAAAAUACGGAUACAGAUAUUGGCCUGAUUCAGGCAUCUUUUUGAAGUAUACUGGAGACUUAGAUCAAGCAAUCCGUGAAAAUGUUUUCACCAGUGAUUUCCAACUUGGCACUACAAUUAAGAUUUGGCUCGCAAGAUAUGGAGUUGAUGGAACAUUUAAAGGAUUCCGUCUUGUUUAUAACGAGCUUCAAUAUUGCCAUGAAAGUAUUGAUAUCGCACAUAUAUGGAAGAACGUUGGAUACAACUAUAUGAGCGAUUGUCUGUUUAAUCUUGACAAUUUUGUUGAUACUUAUUCAAAUGAACUCUAUGAUAUAUAUGUUCAGGAUGGAGAAACAGAUUCUGGCAUUGCAAUCAUCAGACCUAUCCCUGUUGUUGAUAGUUCUAACUCAGAUAAUGCAGAUGCAAGAGAUAAUGGAGAUAUUACACCAGGAAGACGCUUCUUUAUUCAUGAUAACACAACUCGUGAAGCAACAUUCCAAUAUGCAACAGAAAUCAGGUUUAGUGUUGGAAUUUCCUCUUCAGAUACUUCGAAAAUUUUAGUUCCUUACAUAAACCUCACAUAUUCAACAUCGAAUACCAAUGUAUUAAAUUCAACAGAGAGAGAUACAUUUGAUACAAUCGUAAAACCAACUUAUGGAGAUGCAAUUCAAGCAUUUCAAUUUGAAGUUCGUUAUACAAUUGAUAAUACAGAGUUUUGGCGUAUUGUUACUAUUAUAUUCUUCAUUGUUCUUAUUCUUGGUCUUGGUUAUUUGUUAGUUUACUGCUUCUUCUACGGAAGAACUAAUGGUGAAGCAGGAAUGAACUCAAAGAUCAUCAUGAAGUAUCUUUCUGCAUUCUUCAAUAUAUUCGGAACAGUUUUAUUCCUUAUUGUUUGGGUUUUCUCAUUCUAUUUGUGGUGUUUCUUCAAAUUACAGAAAUCUACUCAUACAGCACUGCUCGACCAGAAAGAAUAUGACAGAAGAUUGAUUCCUUGCAUGUGGAUUGCCUUUGUUUUUAAGGUAUUUGCCUCGUUUUUGCAGGUUUACGUUCAAUCAACUUAUGAUAUCUUCAUAAUUGAUUGGGAAUCACCAAGAAGUGAAGCUUCUCCAAUAUCUACAUGGAGGAGAAUCAUGAUUGCUAACGAAUGGAACAGAAUUAUUCCAAUAAGAAGUUAUAAUUUCGCUUUCACAUUAAUUACACUUGUUUUCUUGCUCAAUGGCUUUGAUUGGGUCAAUUUAUCAUCACCUAUUCCAAUAACAAAGUAUUUGGAUACAGGAGAACAUUAUAAGAUUUUAAUUAUUGCUCUUACAACAGCAUUGUUUGUAGCGAUUAUCUUUAUUCAGUAUAUCUGGAAUUACUGGAUCAGAUGGCGCUUCUUUGGUAAUCCGUUUUACAACUUCUUGGAUUUAUGCAGCAAUGCAAACCUUUCUGUCCUAAUUAUGGAAUCUCCAAACCAUGGACAUUAUCUACACGGUCGUUCUCUUCAUACCCAUUCUGAUGAUACAAUGGCCAAACUCAAUGAAAACCUGGAAGAUGAAUCUAAAGGUUUAGUUGGAACUCGUGGCCUCCUUCCAAAUACUACUGAACAAUGCUUUGAAGUAUUGUUCAACUCAAAGUUCAUGCAAAAGUACAUUGCAGCUCUGAAUAACAUGGAUGCCCACAUAAGUGGUCUCAAAGUCAGAGCUAAAAUGAUUCAACCAACAACAGUUAAAGCCGCUGAUGAUAUGAAUACAACUCUCAAAGCUUUCUUUGAUAACCAACAUGAAGAUAAAUUCCAAGUUAUUCCAAUGAGCGUUAUGCAUCAGAUCCUCAGAUAUACACCUGUUGCAAGUGAAACUACUUUGUUAGCCAUUGAAAGCGAAGCUUCUUACUCCAAUUUGCUUUUGAGCGGAAUUGAAUGGAAGUUGGCUACUUUCUACAUUAUUAUGUUCACUUGCAUUGAAAUACACACAAGAAGUCCAGGAAUCGCUGCUUUCUGUGUUUAUAUUGUCGAUUUCAUUUUAGUAACAAUGUACUACAAAUUGGCAAAGAACACUCUUGCCAAGAAGUCUCUUUUGGAUGAUAGGUUCCUUUUGUAA